AUGGCACACGAUAAUAGUUCCACAUGUAUUAGACAAAAUUUUACCUCUUCCACUUUUUCUCCUUCUUCUUCUAGGCACAAAGAUGUUGUUCGUGUUCAUUAUCAUGAAGCACUACAGCAGCAACGAAAUCACAAACUACUUUCGAAUAGUUCCGUAAGCGGAAUCAGUAAGAGCUGUGCUGUUGAAGGGGCUGAUCAUGAACAUAUUCAAAAACAAUACAUGUUUGAUAAAGUUGUAACACCAAGUGAUGUUGGUAGACUAAAUCGAUUAGUGAUACCUAAAUAUCAUGCAGAAAAGUAUUUCCCAUCAAAAUCUAAUAAUGAGAAGAGUUUACUAUUAAGUUUUGAAGAUAGAAAUGGUAAACCAUGGAGGUUUAGGUAUGCCUACUGGAAUAGCAGCCAAAGCUAUGUAAUGACUAAAGGUUGGUCUAAAUUUGUAAAAGAGAAAAGACUUGACGCUGGCGAUACUGUUUACUUCGGACGAGGAGCCGCAGAAUCAUAUAAAGAUCGAUAUUAUAUCGACUGGAAGCACAAACCUUACUCCCCGGGAGAUCUAUCUCUAUAUUAUCAUCAUCUUACCAACCCUCUUUCAAAUUUCUCAAGAAUGCAAACUUCGGGGGUUUCAUCACCUACACGUGAUCAUUUGCAGUUAAAUUAUGAUCGAAAGCAACAUCAUUCUUACCAGCAGCAGCUUCAAAAAAGAUUAUUACCAUCGACUAGUAUUGCUAGUUAUGGUAAUUGCAGUAAUAUUGUUUUAAGUAACAAUCCAGCAGGGUCAGGACCAGUCACAUAUGUGGGAUCAACAUCAUCAUCACCAACAGUACAUGAUUGCCAAGCUCACGAGCAUCAAUAUCAAAAAUCUGGUACUGCUAGGUUAAUGCAACAGAACUAUCCAGGAGGGCAUAAACAAAGUCACAUGGAAAUGAUUCUCAACUCAGUUCCGGUGGUCCAUGGUAAAGCUGCAACUAAGAGAGUUAGGUUGUUUGGAGUGAACUUGGAAUGUCUGGUAUCAGAAGAUGCUUAG